AUGGUCAUCUCAUUUGAAAAACGGACACCGGAUAAAGAAAAGAAAUGUCAAUUAUUGGAGGCACAAUUUCAAAAUUGUGGAUUCCAACGGAUUAUAUUCACCAUUCAUCCAUUUGAUUUGCCCAAUGAAAUACCAGGAAAAUGUUCAAAUGCAAAUUAUGGUCUUCGUAUGGCCGUCGGACAAAUGUCCAUUGCUGAUCAUGAAACAGACAAUAUUCUGGUGACAACUUGUGAUGCUGAUUCCAAAUUUCCACCACAAUAUAUUGCUGCAUUAACUUGCAAAUAUUUGCAAGAGAAUAGACCAUCACUGACAACCAUCUACCAGUCACCCUUGUUUUACAACUGGAAAUUGGAUAGUUUAUCAUUUGUCACUCGUGUAACGGGAUUGUUACGAAGCUUUUUGAUGUUAGGUGCAUUGAUCCCAUUCAAUAUCAACACAAUGAGUAUUUUCUCGUUCUCAUUAAGUCUAGCAAAACAAGGAAACUUCAUUCAUCCUGGCUAUCAGAUGGACGAUAUUAUUUGUCUUAUUCGAUGGAUGGGAGUGACACAACAACGAUUACGAAUAUCGAUGAUAUCCGUGCCAGUAUUGAGUGGACCAACAUCUGGAGAAACAAUUGAAACGGAAAUCAUUGAAUGGGCAAGACAAGCUCGUCGCUGGACAAUCGGAGCAGCCGAAGUGUUUCAUUAUUUUAUCAUCAAGUCAAAACGCAUGCCAGUAGCAUCUGCAUGUUCGUGGGGCGUGGCUUUUGCUAUUUAUUAUGGGAUUCUGUUGUGCACUGGUGGUUUGUAUGGUCUAACAUCGAUGUUGUCCAUGUUUCUCCUCGUCAAAAAUGUUCCACUAGUUAUCAGCUAUAUUAUGUACGGUCUAUUGGCUGUCCAAAUGUUAACAUUUGCAAUGGCAUUCAUCAUCGAUGCAUUUAUUCCCAAACUAUUGAAUGUUAAUGAAUGCAUUUCUAUUCUACGAAAUCUAUUUCAUUUUAUAACAACACCAUUUGUUCUUUUGGCCUAUUCAUUUGUCGAGUUUUAUGCAUUGCAUGAAAUCAUUAUUUUCGGAAAGAAAGUAUGUAAACAUGGUGCAUCGGCAAAAGUGGUUCUCUAA